AUGUCUGACAACGGCCAGCAAUCGCCCAACGGUGCAAAUUCUGAGGCUCCUGCCGCGGGGGCUGGCGAGCAUUUGAACAUCAAGGUCACCGACGGAAACAAUGAGGUCUUUUUCAAAAUCAAGCGCAGCACCAAAUUAGAGAAACUCAUGAAGGCCUUUUGCGAGAGGCAAGGAAAGGAUCCCCGUGCUGCCCGAUUUCUCUUCGAAGGCCAGAAAGUACAGGCAACCGAUACCCCAGAUCAGCUUGAAAUGCAGGAUGGCGACUCCAUCGAAGUUCACCAAGAGCAGAUUGGAGGCUGUGCUUGA